AUGCUUCGAUGGCUCGUUCAAUACUGGACCGUGACGCUCGGCGCCAAGUCCACCGAGGAGUUGGACGCCGAGCACUACCUCUUUGUGGUCGCCACUGGGCUUCAUUCUGUCGCGUCCGUCAAUUGCGUGGCAUUUAACCGGUGGUACCUUCUCCUUGCAUCGUGUUUGGCUAUGCUUGCAGCGGGGACACUGCUGGCCUUCUCCACCCUCUACGACGCUCUGGAUGUGUACAUGUACGGAAGCCAAACCAAAACGUCCGUCACUGUGUUGUACCAAGCGUAUAUUUGGAUGGGACUCAGCGCCGCCAUAUCUGGGCCCUUUAUUGAGCGUCGGGGCCCUCGAAUAGGCAUGACGGUAGCGACAAUGUUGCUGGCCGUCGGGUUCACCUUGGCACAACUGGCAGUGACGACCAAGGCGCAGUUGUUCCUUACAAUUGGAUAUGGCUUUUUCUGUGGCGGGGGGUUUGGAAUGGCCAUCGUUUCCACCAUGACUGCCAGCCAGAAGUGGUUCCCAGAUAUCCGAGGCCUCACAGCGGGUCUAUGCAUGUGCUCGUUUGGGGCGGGGACGGUUGCAGGGGCGAACGUUUACAAGGCGUUCUUAAACCGAGGGGGGUUCGUUCAAGUCGUGACGAACGUCCGCAAUAUCCCCCACGUAUUUUGGACCACCGGGCUGGUCAUUGUGUUGACCAUGAUUGUCGUUACCCUUGUGAUCCGAACGCCCCCCGUUUCGUUCACGGUAAACGGCCACGACAUCCACGGCGUGCCUGAGAGUAAAGCGCCCGACCCUAAUCUAGUACAAGACGAGUACCUCCAACUCGGCGAAUUGGACGGCACAGAUGUGCACUACUUUCAGCAAGUCAAGGCGUUGUCGCUCGUCCAGUGCAUUUGCUCGACAGACUUUUUCUGCAUGUACAUUGCGUUUGCAGCCAGCAUCAUCCCCGCGAUGGUGUUUUCCAGCGAAUUCGUAGCCAUCAACACCAAAGUGUUUGGCCAAUCUGUGGACGUGACCAACUCUUCCAAAGUCCAGGGCCUAAUUGUAAACCUCGCGGGGCAGCUGACGAUCCCCGUCAUAUCGGACCUAAUCAUUCGAGUGUGUUAUGCCAACCCCGCUUAUGCUCGAAAGAUCGUGUUUUUUUUUAUCUUGAGCGCCCAACUCGGGUCCAUGGCCGCCUUGUCCAGUGAAAACAUGACGUUCGAGUCGGUCCGGUCGCUGUCGUUCACGUACGUGUUCGGAUCGGGGGGGAGCAUGGCCCUGAUUCAGUGCUUCGUCACCGACAUGUUUGGCGUGUAUCACGCGGGCACGAUGUACGGCCUCGUGUUUACGUGCUGGUCGCUUCGUUCGGCCAUUGUCGGGUAUGGUUUUGCCGACUUUCAAGUCACCCGGGUGUCGUUUCGGAAUCAGAUGCAGUGGAUGCUCGUGGUCGUGGCCAUUGGAUGGGUCGCGCUGUUGUUUGUACGAACCAACUCGGUGGACCGGUUCUUUUACGGGUACAAGUACUCUGUGUGCGGCAAAGUGAUGGUGCAAAUUGCAUUUCACCGUCACGAGACAACCAACGACAAGGACCAUGACGACAGUCUGACCAUCUUGGCGCCGCCAAAAGUGUCCCCCGCCUCCAACGACUUCGUGCUUUGGAAUGGCUACGACCACGUCCGCACGAGCGGAGUUCAGCACCCGCAAGCCCGCCAAGACACCUCAGACAAUGCGUAAUAGAUCAAGGUUUGCAUGUG